AAGAAGAAGAGUCUAAGCCCCUAUCACCGUGCAGCUGAUCAGCACAGUGUUCAGUGUCCAGGUUCGGAAAUAGAAACGGACAGCUACGUUAAAUGAAUUGAUGUAGCUUCGCUGGUAAACAUCGUCACAGAACCAGGAACAGACAACGCCGCUUUUAAAAUGCUUUGGUUUGAGGGCUCAAUUCCCGAUGCAAUAAUUUCGGCUAAACAGCAGAGUUGCGUGUUUGUCGUUGUUAUUUCAGGGGAAGAUGAACAGUCAGCGCAGUUGAUGUCCAGCUGGGAGGACGACAGGGUUUCAGAGGCGGCACAGAACUGUUGUGUGGCCAUCAAAGUUGAUGCUAAGAGUGAGACAUGUGUGCAGUUCUCCGAGAUAUAUCCAGUGGUGUGCAUACCCUCUAGCUUCUUUAUUGGAGAAAAUGGGAUUCCUCUGGAGGUCAUCGCUGGCAGUGUGUCUGCCGAAGAACUGAUCAAAAGAAUCAACAGAGUUAAGCAGAUGCAUGUUCAGCAUAUUGGAGUUUUGCCAGAAGCAAAUGCUCCAAUGGAGACCAGACCAUGUGAAUGUACAGCCACAGAACCUGCUCCAGCCCCAGCCCCAGCUCCACCCUCUGCUCCAGCAUUGUCGGUUCAGUUGGACACCACAGAACUUGCUGCUGUACCAGGUACUAUUAAAGGAGAAGAUGGCAGUCCCACUCUUGCAGAGAAUGCAUCCUCAGAUGAUGCUACUCGGAGUUCUCAGAGUGAAGAAGACCUGGAUGCUCAGGUGGAAAGGCUGACCAAGAAACAGGAGGAAAAACAAGAGCAAAGGAAGAAUGGCGAAGAGAAUGAGAUCAAGAGGGAAAUCGAACGGCGGAAGAUGGGGAAGGACAUGCAGGACUUAAAGAGGAAACAGGAAGAGGAAAAGACCAAGAGACUACGGGAGGAAAGGAACCGAGAGAAGGCAGAAGAGAAGGCUGCUAGGGAACGAGUCAAACAGCAAAUUGCCUUGGACCGAGCCGACAGAGCAGCGCGCUAUGCCAAAACCCAGGAGGAGGAAAAUGCUGCCAAAAUGACACUACUGCAAGCCAAACAGGCAGAGCAAGAGGUCAAGAAGGAGGCAUUACUCAGGGAGAGAAGUACCAAAGCAAGGAUACAGUUCCGCCUCCCUGACGGCUCAUCCUUCACCAACCAGUUCCACGCACAGAGCAAACUGCAAGAGGCUCGGCACUUUGCUGUUCAGGAAGUGGGGAACCGCUAUGGUAACUUUGCCCUAGCCACCAUGUUCCCUCGGCGGGAAUUCACCAGUGAAGACCUGCAAAAGACACUGCUGGAGCUAGAACUAGCUCCAAGCGCUUCAAUCGUGCUCCUACCGCAAUCGGGCAGGCCAGGUCAUGCUGUAGUCCAGUCUUCUGAGGGUGGGAUCUGGGCAUUCCUGGGCACAUUGCUCUACCCACUGCUGGCUGUAUGGAGAUUCCUGAGCUCCUUCCUAUUUGCAAACCCACGACCUCGUGGUGAAGCAUCCAGAGGUUCCUCCCUACAAUCCAACUCUUACAUCAACUCAGACUCCGACAAAGCAAAGAGAGAAACCCUCUCCAAGCACAACCUGGAAAAGCGGCCCAGUGACUUCAAGAAAGACGGUAAAAUCUGCAGGCUCCGGACGCAAGACGACAGCGAGGAUGACAACAACACCUGGAAUGGGAACUCCACCCAGCAGAUGUAGUGCAGUGACAGCAGAUCUCCCUUCCUCUCGCUUACCUGGUGUGAUGAGUUCAAUCUGACUAGUUCAAAGUUUCUGCUCCACUUAAGGCUGAUUAGUUGUUCCCUAUUUCCCUUGUCCUGUGUUCCAGAUCUUUGCCCCUGCACCUCACCUAUAUGGGUAGAUAAAUAAUAAUCAACUGAACCCUUGCAGGUUUAAGAUGAACAUUUUUGUUUUAUGACAUGAUUCUUUCUUCUAACCUGGGCUCAGGUUACAGUCAGUUGAAGAUCCUAAUGGACUGUGAAAGGCUACACCAGCAUCCUCUCAUUUGUUUGUAGCUUAUAGAUCAUUAUCACAUUAUUAAGGUGCCCUCGGCGACGCCUGGCACCAAAUUCUGUGAAAAAAGAUCAAAUGAAGAUGUUACAACCUGUGCCUGGCUUGACUCUAUGUUGUGGAUUCACUGCUUUUUGGAAAUGUCUAAAUUUGAUUUGACAGAUUGCCACUGAUGCAUCAUGAUUUUUUUUGUUUCUUUCCUUCAGACGUAUAAAAUAUUUCAUUCAACAGUUUAUGCUGAUUGCCAGUGACUCAUCCUGACACAUUCUGAUUGUCACCCAACAGUAAAGUUGACUUUUUUGUUUAAUUUGUUUGUUUUAGAUAUAUAAAAUACUUCAUAAAACAGUUUAAGGUCCUGGCACAGGACUUAAUGUAAUCGCUGUUCAACUUCUACCAAGUUGGUGGCCCACACGCACGCCUUGGUAGUGUAUGUUUCUACUAGUGAACAGUGGGUACUGUAAUGAUCUUCUUCCAACAAUAAAAAUGAAAGCAGUCUGUUUUCAGAAAAACAUUGA